CCACGACACCUCGGAGCCGCCUUCCUUCGCCUCUCUACUCAUGGAGGAGGGAGGAGAGCCGCAGGAGGGCGAGACGAAGUACCGUGGCGUACGGCGCCGGCCGUGGGGGAAGUACGCGGCCGAAAUCCGCGACUCCACCCGGCACGGCGCCCGCGUCUGGCUCGGCACGUUCAACACCGCCGAGGAAGCCGCCCGAGCCUACGACAAGGCCGCCUACGAGAUGAGGGGCGCCGUCGCCGUCCUCAACUUCCCCAGCGAGGUCCAUUCCCGCGGCACCUCCUCCUCCUCAUCAUCAUCUUCUUCGUCCUCCACGAGGGGAGCUCGUUCGAGCGCGGAGAAGCAAGUGAUCGAGCUCGAGUAUUUGGAUAACAAGGUGCUGGAGGAGCUUCUGGAGUCCGGCGAGAAGAGCGACAAGAAGUGAAGGCUUUGGAGUUAGCUGCGCUGUAACCGUCGAGCGUUUUUGGGAUGUGAACGCCUGAGAAGAAGUGAACUGUCUUCGUACUGCCUCA